CGGUGAAUGUUAUUACUAGGAGAAAAAAGAAAUCGUCGGUGGCCGCAGCUUUUGGAGCUAGUUUUUGCUCCCUCUCCCCCUCCCCUGAUAAAAGUGCAAGCACCUCCAGACUCCAGUAGUCAUGGCCUCCUCCGAUCCUCUCCACGUUGUAGCGUUCCCAUGGCUGGCCUUCGGCCACAUGCUGCCCUUCCUGGAGCUCUCAAAAUCCUUAGCCCGGAGAGGCCACCGCGUCUCCUUCAUCUCCACCCCGCGCAACAUCCGGAGGCUCCCCCAAAUCCCCCCCGACUUAUCCCCUCGCAUCGACUUCAUCCCCUUCCCCCUCCCCCACGUCGACGGCUUACCCGCGAAUGCCGAGUCGACCAACGACGUCCCGCCGGAUAAGGUGCCGAACCUCAAGAAGGCCCUCGACGGUCUCAAACCCCGCUUUGCUGAUUUCGUAAAAGAGAAGAAUCCGAAUUGGAUACUCGUCGACUUCGCUCAGUACUGGGUACCGUCGGUCGCUGCUGAGGUCGGCGUCCCCUGCGCAUUCUUCUCCAUCUAUAUGGCAUCGUCCCUCGCCUUUGCCGGGCCGCCUUCAGACUUGCUAGAUGGAAGCUCGUGGAGAACAGUCGAGCAGCUCACAAAGCCGCCGCACUGGAUCAUCCACUCCUCCUCCUCCUCCUCCUCCUCCUCCUCCUUCCGCUCCCGCUCCUCGAGAUCCCCGCCGUCGUCUUCGGAGGAGGGGGGGUUUUGGAGGAGGAAGGCGUGGACGAGGCCGGAGAGGCAGGGAGCGGAGUCGUGGUCGCUGCCGCUGCUGAUCGUUGUGGGGGUGGGGGGUGGGGGGGGAAGCGGCAACCNUACUACUACUACUACUACUACUACUACUACUAUCUCUGCCGACGACAGAGCAGUUAUCGAGUGGCUCGACGCUCAAUCUCCCAGAACGGUGAUCUAUGUAGCUUUGGGAAGCGAGGCGGUGAUAGCGAGUGAGCUCGUGCAUGAAUUAGCCUGCGGGCUUGAGCUUUCAAAGGUGCCCUUCCUCUGGGCUUAUAGGCAGCAGAGCCGCCUACCGGAGGGGUUUGAGGAUCGAGUGAGGAGCCGUGGAUUGGUCGCAACCGGUUGGGUGCCUCAGCACAAGGUGUUGGCCCACCGAUCGGUCGGCGCCUUCCUUACGCACUGCGGAUGGAGCUCGGUGAUCGAGGCGCUCCGAUUCGGGCAUCCGCUGAUCUUGCUGCCCGUCGCAGUCGAUCAAGGGCUCAUCGCGCGGGUGCUGGCGGAGCAUAAGGUCGGGGUGGAGGUGCCGAGGGACGAGGAGGACGGAUCGUUCACACGCGCGGGGGUGGCAGAGGUGGUGAGGAUGGUAAUGGUGGAGGAAGGAGGGAAGGCUUUGGCGGCGAAGGCUAAGGAAAUGAAGGAGAUCUUCGCUGAUGAGGGCUCGAAUGAGCGGCACAUGGAUGAGUUCGUUAGCAUUUUGAGGAACAACUAUAUAUAAAGAAGAUGAACGACCAAGUAUAGACUCUCGUCGUUGAAGUUCGCAAGGGUGUUUGAGUAGGAGAAAGUUAGAAACAACCUCUGCCCAAGGUGUACCAACAGGAUGUACCAACAGGAUGGCCAUGAAAUAGAAGAACAAAUAGGUUUAACUCUUCCCAAACAUAUUGAGAGUGAUAUAUUUGGAGAAACAUCUCCACCAAUGAUUACUCACUCCAGGAUUUUUAAAGAUAAGACAGAACUAUCUCCAAGUGUGGAGGAGCCAAGUAGAAAAUGACUUGGCUCAGAGAAGAUGAUGGACAACCGGUAGCAACAAAUAAUUAGGCUACUCCACGUACAUAUUAAUCAUGCAUUUUUUUGGAAUUUCAACUUGAAUUUAUGUGAUUGCCUUGUGGACAAUUAAUAUCCGUAUUAAUUAUGAAUGUUUUUUGAAUUUGGUCGUACUAUUUUGUUAAGACUCACAACUUUAAAAAAUAUCUAAUGUAUGUAAGAAUUUUUAUUUCA